UUGAGGGGGAAUGUUGAUUUGCAUGUGAUUACGCAACAUGCUAUUGUUGCUAUGUUAGGUGGAAGGGAGAAUUCGGGUUAGCUUUCAGUCGCGGUCAUCACACCAUACAGACCAGAAGCAUUUUUCCGCUUACGAUCAGCCACUACAUACUUACGUCCAUGGAUGCCAACGCGCAGGCCGAGUGCAGUAACCCUAACCCCAAUGCAGCAUUGGUGAAUCUGGACUUUGUUGCCACAGUCCUAGAUUCUAAAUUGGAAAAACUGAAACGAGAAUUAACCGAAGAAUCCAGUCUGCAGCUCGACGCUGCAGUAAAGCGUGCUAAGACAAACUCUAAAACCUUAAAGAAAAAAGGCUGUCAGCGCCAAUUCGAUCACAACGAAGACGUGCGUGGAAAAAUUGAAGAAGCCACCAAAUCUAUCGACAACGGAAAGUUCCAGAGGGCAAAGGACAUUCUUUCAGAAGGUAUCGAGCUUAUUGACAAACGUCAAAAAAUCCUGAAAAUAGCAGAUAGCCAUGGCUGGGAUACUGUUAACUGCUAUAUUUCUGAUGAUCUCGCUAGCGACUCGGAAGACGACAAGCGUCUUUCUAAGGCCGUUCGAGAAGCCGGCUACAAACGACGCGAAAAGGAGCGACAGCGCAGUAAGCGUCCCACCAGAGGUCGUCCCAAUUUUCGUCCCUUCACAUCAGCUACUGUAUCAUAG